GGGCUUAUCAGCAGCCUUCCAGCCCAGCCCUACCUUCAAACAUAAAUAAGCCAGGGAAGAGGAGCCUGGGGAGUCGGAGACUGCAAGCGAAUUCCUGGGAGGUCACCUGUGCCCUACAGGAUGAAAGCUGUGGUGCUGGCCCUGGCUGUGCUCUUCCUGACAGGGAGCCAGGCUCGGCAUUUCUGGCAGCAAGAUGACCCCCAGUCCCCAUGGGAUCGCGUGAAGGAUUUCGCCACCGUUUAUGUGGAUGCAGUCAAAGACAGCGGCAGGGAUUAUGUGUCUCAGUUUGAAAGUUCCGCCUUGGGCAAACAGCUAAACCUUCAUCUCCUGGACAACUGGGACACCUUGAGCAACACUGUUGGCCGCCUGCGUGAACAGCUGGGCCCGGUGACCCAUGAGUUCUGGGCUAACCUGGAGAAAGACACCGAGUGGCUGAGGCAGGAGAUGAACAAGGAUUUGGAGGAGGUGAAGGUGAAGGUGCAGCCCUACCUGGACGACUUUCAGAAGAAGUGGCAGGAGGAGGUGGAGCGCUACCGCGAGAAGGUGGGGCCGCUGGGCGCCGAGCUGCGCGAGGGCGCGCGCCAGAAGCUGCAGGAGCUGCACGAGAAGCUGACCCCGCUGGGCGAGGACCUCCGCGACCGCGCGCGCGUGCACGUGGACGCGCUGCGCACGCAGCUGGCUCCCUACAGCGACCAGAUGCGCGAGCGCCUGGCCACGCGCCUGGCCGCCAUCCGGGACAGCCCCAGCCUGGCCGUGUACCACGCCAAGGCCAGCGAGCACCUGAAGACCCUCAGCGAGAAGGCCAAGCCCGCUCUGGAGGACCUGCGCCAGGGCCUGAUGCCCGUGCUGGAGAACCUGAAGACCACCGUCCUGGCCGCCAUCGACGAGGCCUCCAAGAAGCUGAACGCCCAGUGAAGCGUGCCCCCCGCCGCCCCUC